AAAACACUGGUGGCAAUUCAUAGCAAACAGUGGACUCUAGAGAAGGAAAUGAGCAGUUGACAUUGGUGAAGCAACUUCAGAACAUGAACCCGCCUAGCUUCAAGGGAGUUCCUGAUCCCGAUGUGGCUAAGUCUUGGGUUAAGAAAUUAGAAAAGAUGUUUAAGCUCCUGAAAUGUACUGACGGGCAAAAAGUGGAGCUAGUAGUGUUCACAUUAGAAGGUGAAGCUGAUGAUUGGUGGACAGCUGCUCAACAAGGGUUUUCUAAGAGAGGGGAGGAGCAAGAUGACAUGACAGUUGAUGAGUAUCAAGCUAAAUUCAGUUCUCUUAUGAAGUUUGCUCCUCACCUUGUUAAUGAUGAAGUUAGGAAGGCAAGGAAGUUUCAAAGAUGGUUGAAAGCUUCCAUUAGGAACAAGGUGGUUCCUCAAAUGCUAAAGACUUAUGAUGAGCCUUUCAACAAGAAGCCUGAACAAAGGGGAAAAAGGAAGAUCCCCGAAAGCAACAGACCAAGUUUUGAUUUUUGUAAGAGGUGCGAUAAGAACCAUGAGGGAAAAGAAUGUUAUUGGCAGACUAGGGCAUGUUUCAAGUGUGGGGAGACUGGCCACUUGAUCAAGGAUUGCCCGGUUCUCAAGGGAGCAAGUCCGCAGCCAAAGGAUCAAGAUAAUAAGAAGCCUAGUGUUCAAGGAAGAGUUUUUGCCAUCACAGAACAACAAGCUCAAAACACUCCUACAGUUAUAAAAGAUAAAAUACCUAUCUCUUUUGGGAAUGCCCAUGUGUUGAUUGACUUUGGAUCUACCCACUCAUUUGUGUCACCUAAGUAUGUGCCAUUUUUGCAUGUGGAGCCUAAGACCCUUGAUUGUGUGCUUGUGGUGAAUACUCCUUCUAAGGAGGUUUUAACAUCAAAAACCAUUUAUAGAUCUUGUAGAGUUAUGGUAGAGGGUAGAGUUUUGCUUGCCGAUCUGAUUUUGUUAGGUAUAGUGGAAUUUGAUGUCAUACUUGGUAUGGACUGGUUGUCUACCCAUUAUGCCAUGGUUGAUUGUUAUGAGAAGGUGAUUACUUUUUCUGCUCCUAACCAGCCUGUGAUUCGAUUUGAAGGAGAAAAAGUUGGAUCAUUUCCAUUAUUUGUUUCUUGCAUGCAAGCUGAUAAAAUAUUGCAGCAUGAGUGUUAUGGAUAUCUGGCAUAUGUUUUUGAAUCUAAAGACAAGCCGGUGUCUGUAGAAGGAAUUUGGGUAGUGGAAGACUUUCUUGAUGUUUUCCCUAAGGAGUUGCCUGGGCUACCUCCAAAUAGGGAGAUUGAGUUCACUAUAAACCUUGUGCCUGGUACUGCGCCAAUAUCCCAACAACCUUAUAGAAUGGCCCCAACAGAAUUAAUUGAAUUGAAAAAGCAGUUGCAAGAGCUUCUUGAUAAGGGGUUCAUUAGACUCAGUACUUCUCCCUGGGGUGCUCCGGUUAAACCCGAGGAUGUGAUGAAGACUGCUUUUAGGAGCAGAUAUGGGCACUACGAGUUCCUGGUAAUGCCGUUUGGUUUAACUAAUGCCCCUGCAGCUUUUAUGGAUCUUAUGAAUAGGAUCUUUCAGCUGUACUUAGAUAAGUUUGUCAUUGUCUUCAUUGAUGACAUUCUUAUCUUUUCUCCUGAUGAAGAGAGCCAUAAGGAGCAUCUGGCCAUUGUAUUGCAGAUUUUGCGAGAAAAGAAGUUAUAUGCCAAGUUUGAUAAGUUUGUAAAGUGGGAAAGGCCGACUAGUGUCACCGAAGUGCGGAGUUUUCUUGGACUAGCAGGAUAUUAUAGAAGGUUUGUGGAGGGAUAUUCAAAGAUUUCUGGUCCGUUAACACAACUUACUCGUAAGACUCAAAAGUUUGAAUGGACAGAUAAAUGUGAGCAAAGCUUUCAAGAGUUGAAGAACAGAUUGGUCAUAGCACCAAUUCUUGCUAUUCCCGACAAUGGAGGAAACUUUGUGGUAUAUACCGAUGUUUCUCACAAAGGCUUGGGUUGUGUACUUAUGCAACAUGGACGGGUGAUAGCUUAUGGGUCUAGACAGCUCAAGACACAUGAGAGGAAUUACCCUACACAUGAUUUAGAACUUACUGCCAUAAUUUUGGCACUUAAGUUGUGGAGGCACUAUUUGUAUGGAGAAGAGUUUGAGGUGCACACUGAUCACCAAAGCUUGAAAUAUUUAUUUUCACAAAAAGAGCUUAAUUUGAGACAAAGAAGAUGGAUGGAGUAUCUGAAUGACUAUAGAUGCAAAAUUGUCUAUCAACCUGGAAAGGGAAAUGUGGUUGCAGAUGCACUUAGUAGAAAAUCAACUGGCACUUUAGCAAGCUUAAUGGUGAUGGAGUGGAAACUCCUAGAAGAAUUCAAGAAUUUGAAUGUCAGGUUUUUGCCACCAAAGUCUGAUGUACUAGUGUCUAGUAUGAUGGUUCAACCUACGCUGUUGUCAAAGAUCAAGGAAGCACAACAGAAAGAUUCAAGAUUGAUGGAGUGGAUGAAGGACAGUGGAAAAAGCUCCAAAAUGGGUCUUCAUAUUUCGGAUGAUGGAAUCAUAAGACUUGGAGAUAGAAUUUGUGUUCCAUAUGAUGAGGGGUUAAGGACGGAAUUGCUCCAAGAAGCACACAAGUCCAAUUAUACCAUUCAUCAUGGGAGUACCAAAAUGUAUUAUGACUUGAAAGAGACAUUAUGGUGGAAAAGCAUGAAGAAGGAUGUGGCUAAAUAUGUGUCCAAAUGCUUGACUUGUCAAGUGGUAAAAGCAGAGCACCAGAAGCCAGGAGGGCAACUACAACCUUUGCCUAUACCGGAGUGGAAGUGGGAAGCCAUCUCAAUGGACUUCAUUGUGGGAUUGCCGAAGACGAGAAGGCAAUUUGAUGCAAUUUGGGUGAUUGUGGACAGAUUAACAAAGUCAGCUCACUUUUUGGCCAUAAACCAAAAAGACCCAUUAGACAAGUUGGCCAAGCUUUAUUUUGAGAGGACUAGUCAAGUGCUCGAAGACAUGUUAAGAGCUUGUGCAUUAGAUUUGCCUGAGAGUUGGGAUGAUCAUCUUCCAUUGGCAGAGUUUGCUUAUAAUAAUAGCUAUCAUUCCAGUAUCAAAAUGGCACCUUAUGAGGCUCUUUAUGGCAGGAGAUGUAGAGCUCCAAUUUGUUGGGCAGAAGUUGGUUAUGGAAGGGUAAUAGGGCCUGAUUUUGUGCAGCAAACAACAGAAAAGGUGAAAUUAAUUCAGCAAAGGCUUAAAGUGGCUCAAGACAAACAAAAGAGUUAUGCAGACAAUAGAAGGAGACCUCUAGAAUUUGAAGUUGGAAAUCAUGUAUUUUUUAAGGUGUCACCAACUAAGGGAGUGUAUCGGUUUGGUUUGAAAGGAAAACUCAGUCCGAGGUACAUUGGCCCAUUUGAGAUUCUUAAAAGGGUAGGUGAAGUGGCUUAUAAAAUUGCAUUGCCUCCAAAAUUGUCAAAUGUGCAUAAUGUAUUUCAUGUGUCGGUUUUGAGGAAGUAUGAGCCGGAUCCUUCACAUGUCAUAAACUAUGAACCAUUAGAGUUGAAGGAAUAUUUGAGUUACACCGAACAGCCAAUACAGAUUUUGGAUAGGAAAGAAAAAGUUUUGAGGAACAAGACUGUGUCCUUAGUGAAAGUGUUGUGGCGGCAUCAUUCUGAGAACAAAGCUACAUGGGAACUUGAAAAUCAGAUGAGGGGGCAGUAUCCAAAUCUAUUUUGUUUUUUUUCUUUGUCGGUGGAAGCUUGGAUAAGCCUCCAGAAGGCUCCCAAAAGCCCCAUUUUGUUUUCCUACGCCUUCCUCUUCCACCUACAUCCUUUUUUUCCUUCUUUCUCCAACCAAGGUUAAGGUGCUUUUUGUUAAGUAAGUAUAAGUUUUAAUUAUGAAUUUUGGGUUAGAGUUUUGCGUAGUUUAAAUUGGUAAAAUUUGACUUUAAUCCUUUGGUUUAUAAGAUUUUUGGGUAUUAAACUUUUAUUAGAAAUAUCCUUAAUUUUGGGGCUUAUAUGGGAAAGAUAGUGAGUUAGUCCUUUUUAUUGUUUGAUUUGGGUGUGAAUUUUUACUGCAGGAAUUAUAAGUAAAUUGAAUUGUUUACGAAUUACUGUUCACGAUUACUGUUCAUGAUUACUCUUCACGCAUUAUGCUUUGAUCUCUUUCAAUAGGAAGUCCUAAUAUUAUUUUAGACAUAUUAUGAAUUUAUUUGACAUGCGUAUGUGUUUGUGGCUAUGGAGUAAGUGGACUUAAGCUUAAAGCUUGGGGUAUUCAGUGGACCCUUCGGGGUAUUUAGUGGACCUCUGCGCAGUAGGAUUAGUACUGUGAUUAGCUCCGGUACAGUGUUGCUAGCACACCUCAGUGAACUCCGUAGCAUUGUGUGAUUUUCAAUUUUAUGCAUUGCGCUUGUGACAUCGUAUUUGGUCUUAGGACCCAAGUUUAUAGCUUAAACUUAUUACUUACUAGGUUGUUAGCUCAUAAAAUUCCCCCCCCCCAUUUCAGAUCAGUAGAUCGAGGUAACAGCCUCUUGGUUUAGGAGCUUUUCGCACGGGACUCGCACGCUCGUUGUAUGUACAAGAUAGGGUCUCGUGUUUUCGAUAGGGAGGCAGAUCGAUGUGUUACCAAAACAAUGACUCAACUUUUGUUUUUUUUUUGGAAAGCUUUGGAGAAGAAAUUUGCCUCAUAUAAUUUUUGUGUAAAUUACCUUUAUGUAUAAAAUCUUUAAAUUAAU